AUGACAUCUCCGUUGCCAGAGCCGGGUUCCAUUGCGUUAGCCCUGCAGACAUUACCUCCAGUUGAAUGGAACAACGGCUCCAGCGGAUUUCAGUCAUUCUCCAGUCUGCCAAAAUCGAUCUUUCUGCAUUCGGCUUUCGCUUCGACUAGAGACACGGACGGACUAACAUUGAUUCCGCCCUCCGCGGAAGAAUUCGCUACGACUUUUGUGAAGGAUCUCAAUUCGUUGUUAGGAGACGGUUGGGCCCUCGAGACUAUCGAUGAGAUCCAUAGGAAUGCCUCAGGUAUCUUCCUGGGGUCGUACUCUGGCUCACCGGACGAUUUAACCUAUGCAAAUGGUGAACCUACAACAGAGGGAUACGAGAUCGUUGUUCAGUCAGGUCAUAUCUUCAUCGGUGGUUCUGGCGCUCGAGGUAUGUGGUGGGGAACACGGACUCUGCUGCAACAAAUGGUGCAAAGCGAGUCGAUCUCUAUAGGGAAGAUUGUCGAUGCCCCGGCCUAUGAAACCAGAGGUUACAUGUUAGAUGCUGGAAGGAAGUGGUACGCACCAUCCACAUUGAAAGAGCUGUGCACAUACGCAUCCUGGUUCAAGAUGUCAGAGUUCCACUACCAUGCGUCUGACAACUAUCCUCUUAGUCGCGGCCACAACGAGACUUGGUACGAGGUUUAUUCCCACUUUUCAUUCAUGCCUGAAAGCGUAGAGCUCAGGUCAAUCAUCGAACGAGCAAACGAAACUCUCUCUCGAGCUGUCUUCGAAGACCUGCAGAUGCACUGCGCACAACGCGGAGUGACUAUCAUCCCUGAGAUUGAGGCGCCUGGUCACUGUCUGGCCAUCACGAAGUGGAAACCGGACCUUGCGUUGGCCAAGAAAGAUCUACUCAAUCUCUCUCAUCCUGAUUCCAUACCCACAGUGCAGGCUAUCUGGUCUGAAUUUCUGCCAUGGUUCCAGACGAAAGAGGUUCAUAUCGGAGCAGACGAGUACGACUCAGAUCUUGCAGAUGAUUACAUACGAUUCGUCAAUAGCAUGUCUCAGUUUGUAAAUUCAACGGCCGGAAAACGAAUCCGCAUCUGGGGAACAUACGAGCCAUCCAAAAACUUCACUAUAUCCAAUGAUAUUACAAUACAGCACUGGCAAUACGGCCAAUCCGAUCCCGUCCAGCUCGAUCGUAGUAGCUAUAACAUAAUCAACUCGGAAGAUUGGUGGGCAUACGUUACGCUCAAGAACGACCAUAUGCCCAUUCUUCCCGCCGCUUACCCGCAGCUCUUCAACACCAGCCGAAUUCUCAACUUCGGAAACCAGCCGGACGUCCAGUGGGAACCAUCCCUUUACAAUCCUGUAAACAACACUGAGCAGCUCCCUUCAGCCUCACCGAAUAACCGGGGUGCUAUUAUGGCCGCAUGGAACGACAAUGGCCCGGACGCUACAACCCAGCUUGAAGCUUUCUACGCCAUCCGCUCUGGACUACCCAUAGUUGCAUCACGCGCCUGGAGUGGCUCACGCGGCACCCCUCUGGAUAUAUCUUCCCUUGCCGAAUCCAAUCUGGACCGGAACAUCUUAGGCGUCAAUAAUUCCGACUGUACGCAGCCGUUGAUAAGCUGGACUGCACCGAAGACUAGGAAUGAGACGUAUGAACUAGGAUACGGGAGCAAGGGCCUGAACAACACGUUGACCAUGGACGCUACCGGUCCUUUCACACUCCGCUCCAAUGACAGUAUGCUCACCUUACGCGGCGACGGGAUGCUUAUAUAUACCGCUGAUGGCUACGAGUACCCUCUUCGGUCAGUCGCCAGCACGGACGGAUAUGAUAGUGGACAUCCAGGGCGGAUAUGGACGAAUGUGACGACCUCGACACAUGAGAUUGUUCAUAUUACCGUGCCAAGUCGGAUACAAAUACAAACGGACAGAAUCGGAGGAAGCAGAGUAUGGGUGGAUGGUCAGUUCAAAGGUAGGUUCGAGGUGUUUGUUUACGGAGGGCGAAACAAGCUAUUUUCUUGGAGUCAGAUGGCGUUUGUCACGCCACUGCAAGAGCUCGAAGGCGCCGCAGAGCUGCCACAGCACCACGUCGUAGACAAAAACAUUGUUCUCCAGAAUUUGGCCCAUGAGGGUACAUCAUAUUUGAAUAAGAGCGCCGAACCUGACCUACAUAGACUAUCUCUCGGACCUCCUUAG